AUGUCCACUCCGGGAGAACGGAAGUUCUCCCAGAAAUUCAUGGUACUAGAGGCUUGCAACCUGCUCGUGGGUUUUAAAAUUUUCACGCAAAACAGUAAUAGAAAAGAGUCUUCUGAUUCCGGAGGAAAGCUUGGUACGGUAGCGCCAGGUAGGACGGGGUUGCAGGAGUCAUGUAGGCUACCAAAACGGAAAAGGACUAGGAUGGCGAUCUGUACUUACAACGCACGUACGCUUGCAUCGGAAGCGGCCAUCGAAGAUCUGAUGAUGCAAGUCAAGAAGAUCAAGUACGACGUCAUCGGACUGACGGAGACGAGACGACGUCUCAACGCCGUAUAUGAAACUGGAGAAGAAUUGUUCUUAGGAACAUGCGACAGUAGAGGUGUUGGUGGAGCUGGCGUCCUCGUCAACACGAGUAUGGCAAAGAACAUCGACUCUUUUGAACAACUUACCAUCCGAAUCGGACGUCUGCGGAUGAGAAGAUGUGGCUCAACACCAGCUUUGACUAUCUUCAUCGCUUACGCUCCAACAUCAAGCUACGAAGAAGAAGAAGUCGAAGCUUUCUAUAUGGACCUGGAAAAGUUCUACCGAGAAGACCAUGCCUUCUACAAGGUCAUAAUUGGCGAUUUCAACGCCAAGGUUGGCCCAAGAAGAACGCCGGAGGAACUUCACAUCGGGACCCACGGCCUACAAUGGAAUGACCAGGGAGAGAGGCUCUCCGAGUUCAUCAUGACGACUAAGACCGUCCAUGGGAACUCGCAAUUCCAGAAGCCCUCCUCUCUACGCUGGACGUGGGAGUCCCCCGGUGGAGGGUACCGUAAUGAAAUAGAUCACAUCAUCGUCAAUAAAAGGUUCUGCCUGACGGACGUCGGUGUUGUACCAAAGUCCUAUACGGGAUCGGACCAUCGCCUCCUCCGAGGAAGAUUUUCCUCCACAAGGAGAGCAGAGAAAGCCGCCAAGUUCAGAGAGAAAAAUCGCAGGACUACCAUCAACUGGGAUCUCUUCGCUACGCUAGCCGGCUUUUGGGAAGAUUCCGCAAUGGACAACAUCGACGAGGAAUAUGACCGGCUUGUUGAACACCUUCACGACUGCGCGAAGAAGGCUGAGAGUUUUAAAACCACCAAGAGGCGUCUGUCUCUUGAAACUCUUGAGCUGAUACGCCAACGUGGAGCAGCACGAGCCGCAGGGAACCAAGAACUCACGUCCGAGCUCGCAAGACUUUGCAGAGAGGAGAUAAAGGAAGACCUUAAAGAGAGAAGAGCAGAAGUGCUGGCUGAAGCUGCAGAGGCGGGGAAAAGCAUCCGCUAUGCCCGUCGAGACCUCGCCAGUCGCAAGACGAGGAUGACUGCUCUCCAGAACCCAAACGGAACAGCCAUUGCAUCGAGAAGGGGGAUGGAGAAAAUCAUCUACGACUUCUACUCUGAUCUCUUCGACAGCCAUGUGCCUCCUCACCAUCUGAGGGAAGAUGGACAAGUCAUUCCAGGGGUUCUCUCGUCCGAAAUACAACAUGCUAUCAUGUCGGUAAGAAAUCGUACGGCACCCGAUUCCGACAGAAUAAGACCAGAACACCUGAAGAGCCUUCCGCCAGUACUCAUCAACACCCUGGCGAGGCUCUUUACACGUUAUCUGUCGGAAUGCAAGGUUCCUAAACAGUGGAAGACCAGCAAGAUCGUGUUGUUGUAUAAAAAGGGAGAUCCACAUGACAUCGGCAACUAUCGCCCAAUCUGCCUACUGUCCGUCAUCUACAAGCUCUUUGCAAGAGUAAUCCUUAAUAGGAUUGAAAAAGUCUUGGAUGAAGGACAGCCAUGCGAGCAAACAGGGCUUCGAAAAGGAUUCAGCACGAUUGACCACAUUCACACUGUUUCGAAACUCAUCGAGGUAUCACGAGAGUACAAGAUGCCGCUCUGUCUCACCUUCAUUGACUUAAAGAAGGCCUUCGACUCAGUUGAGACGGAAGCGGUCGUGGAAGCCUUGGACAACCAAGGCGUCGCUACUCAGUGCAUAAAGGUACUUCGAGAGUUGUACAGUAACUUCACGACCGGAAUUUCGCCAUUCUACAAGAACAUCUUCAUUGACGUGAAGAGGGGGGUCCGACAGGGUGAUACAAUUUCACCCAAAAUAUUCACAGCCACCCUAGAGAACGCAAUGCGAAAGUUGGAAUAG